UUUCGACCCGCUGGUGCAUGGUGUGUUCAUUAUCUGGCAGCCCACCCCACCAAGAAUCGAGAUCAUGACGCUUAUGGAGAAAGGUUGUGAAAUAGUGUCAAUGGAUGUACACCCAGAAAAGCCUUGGAUUUUGGCAAGUCAUGCCAACGGGAACGUGUCAAUUUGGAACUACCAAACCCAGGAAAAGGAGGCAGAGUCAAGAGUCUCGGACGUGAAGGGCACUGAUUCCUAUGGUCUUACCCACUGGAUUUGCUCUGCAAAAUUCAUCGCUCGCAGGGAAUGGAUUGUGGCAGGUGACGGCAACGGGAAGAUCCACGUGCUCAAUUAUAACACAAUGACGGAGAUCAAGAAACUCCAAGCUCACAAGCGCGGGGAGUGGGUGGAGUCGCUGGCCGUUCACCCAAACCAGCCAUUUGUGCUGUCAGCAUCCAUGGACAAUGUGAUCAGGCUCUGGAACUAUGGUAAAGACUGGCAGCUCCUUUGGACCCUCACGGGACACGAUGACUACGUGAAGCAUGUCACGUUCAGCCCUGAUGGCAAUACUUUCGCCAGUGCUUCCCAAGACUGCACAGUGAAGAUCUGGAGCACUCUUGAUCCCAGUCAGCCUAAUGCAGACCGUCCCAAACUUAUUACCACCUUGGACUGUGGUGAAGACACACAGCAGCAUGCUGCUUAUUAUUCCAUGGGUGGUCGGCAGUACAUGAUUACUGGAUCGUUGGAGGGCCCUGCACGAAUAUGGGAUUUGCAAAAUGAUUCUACAGUUGAACCAGCUGAUGAACUCCCUGGACCUGAAUCCGAGGUUUACGGCUGUAACGUUGGUGUGGUCAACAGCGUCCCAGACAAUCGUAAUCCCAUUUUGAUUACUACUUCGGGGGACACGGGUAUUUCUUUUCUUGACGCCGCUACCCACAAGCCCAGGUAUGACAAGGUUUGUUUCGAUCUCGGACCGGCACAAGGUUUUGCACACAUUGAGGUUCAGGGCAAAAGAAGCCUUGCAAUCAUCCUUAGCGGCGGAAUUGCAAUUAUGGAAAUGAACGAAGAUCAAGUCAGGACACCUGCUACCUUGGAGCAUGACCAAGAAGGAAUCUCUGCGUAGCCUCCAAACGAACAAUAGUCCAAGUGACUUCGUCCCACAGUAAAGGGAAAUAAAAGAAAAGAUCAGUGGUGACUUCCUCUGAGAAAACAUUAAAGAUGGCGGCUCUCAUGUGAUCUAAUGGCGAAGUUUAGAGACCUUCAAUGUAAUGCUAUUUGCCACGGUUUCAUUUACUCUUCAAUUUAUUUCUUGGACCUUCCU